AUGAUCGAAGCCCUAUUUGCUUCAGAUAACAUUGGACCGCAAGCACAUAAAGAUAUCGAAAUGAAGCCCGACUUUGAAGGAGAGGUUAUUAAAUGCCGUGCCGCUGUCGCCUGGGGACCCAAGGACUUGCGCGUGGAGAUGGUGGAAGUUUAUCCACCGAAGGAGGAGGAGAUUCGUAUCAAGAUCCUCUACAAUGCCCUCUGCCAUACCGAUGUUGCCAUUAUUAGCGGUUGGAUGAAAGAAGCCAAAUACCCAGCCGUCCCUGGCCAUGAAGCCACCGCCGUUGUAGAAAGCGUUGGACCCGGCGAGAAGGAGUUCCAACCAGGAGACAUCGUCAUGCCUACGCCAUUCCCGGAGUGCAAAAAGUGCGAGUACUGUAAGAGGGGCGACACGAAUAUGUGCGAUGCUGCCUUGACCGAUAUGACCUCCCUGACCGCUACGAUGAAGGACGGUACCUGCCGGAUUAAGUGUCAGGGGAAGGAGGUAUACCACUCUUUUGGGCUCGGCUGCUUCAGUGAGUACACCGUUGUUAACAGAAUUUCGUUGUGCAAGAUUAAUCCACACGCUCCUAUGGACAAAGCCUGUCUCGUUGGUUGUGGAUUGGCCACCGGCUAUGGAGGUGCCUUGAAUACCGCUCAGAUCAAAGAAGGCGAACGUGUUGCCAUUAUUGGCGCCGGAUGCAUCGGACUUUCGGCCAUGCAAGGCGCUAAACACUGCGGAGCCAAAGAUAUCAUCUGCAUCGACACGAAACCAAUUAAAUUUGACACCGCAAAAGAAAUGGGCGCCACGCAGUGUGUCAACCCGGAAGAUUGCCCCAAGGAUAAGAAUUUUGCGGAAUGGUUCCUCGACGAAUAUGGACCGGUUGAUAAAUCGAUCGAAUGCGUCGGAAAUGGUGAUUGCAUGCGAUGGGCUGUUGAACUAGUAAAGAAAGGCUACGGUGUUGCUGUAAUUCUCGGCGUACCUCCCAAGGACCAGCAAAUCACCUUCCCCACCUGGUUGAUCCUAGAGGGCAGAACCGUGACUGGAGGAUGUAUUGGAGAUUGGCAUACGGUAGAUGACUUCCCGGUACUUGUCGACAAAGUGACAAGCGGGGAAAUCAAGACCGACCCGAUGAUCACGCAGCGAUACCAGCUCGACCAGAUCCAAGAAGCUAUUGAUUUGAUGGGCGAGGGAAAAUGCAUUCGUGCAGUCUUCCAGAUGGCAAACGAG